AUGAACUCCAGCCUGGGAGAUCGGGAUGCUUUUGCAAAAUAUUAUGGAUACCACAAUACCAAUGACUCAUAUAGGUAUGCGGAAAAGACAAUCUAUUCUGAAUUAGGAUGGAUUAUUUUGAUAUGCCUUAUUUUAAUUACCUGUUGUACUGGAUUUGUGGGCAAUGGAUACGUCAUCUGGCUACUUGGCUUCCAGAUAAAGAGGAACGCUUUCACCACAUUCGUCCUUAAUUUGGCCAUUGCUGACUUUGGGUUCCUUAUACUUACAGCUCUGCGUUACAUCAACAAAGCUACUGAUAUUACAGAAGACUAUAUUUUCAACUUUAUCUGUGCAUUUUUCUACCAGAUCAUGUACAUCAAUAGUCACUUUCUUCUGACAGCCAUCAGCAUCGACCGGUGUGUGUCUGUCCUCUUCCCAAUCUGGCAUCGCUGCUCCCAGCCAAAAUAUUUGUCCCCUGCUGUGUGUGCCCUCCUCUGGAUCUUCUCCUUCCUCCUGGGUGGAAUUCACAACAUUAUGCUAUUCAUGGGAGUUUUUGAAUAUUACCACCUCCCUAGUCUCCAUUACCUGGUGACUGCUGUGCUUUGCCUGCCAUCGAUCGCAGUCUCUACUGUGAUUCUUUUCAUCAAAAUAGGUCUUAAAUCCAAACAGAAAAAACGGGGACGGCUUUUACUGAUGAUCUUAAUUACUCUUCUCUGUUAUCUCAUCCUUGCUUUUCCAUUAAAUGUCUCUAGGGUGCUUGUUUGGCAUUUUAGAAUCAGAACUUCCCCUAGACUGCCAUUUUUGAUUAUUAUGCUGUGUUCCUGCCUCAACAGUAGUAUUAAUCCAGUGAUCUAUUUUUUGUUUGGGAGAAGGAAGCAAGCUCAAUCCAAGGAGGGCCUGAAGAUCAUUUUGCAAAAGGUCUUCAAAGAAGGGGAAGCUCCUGGAGCGACAGAGAAGAGUUCAAAUCCAGCUCCUCUGCAUUUCUUUCUGAGGAAUCUUGAAUAA